AUGAAUACCACGCCUGGCUUCGAAAAUGAUGAAGGGAAUGAAAGGGACACAGGCUCCUAUGCAAAAAGGAAUGCUAAUGAGGACAGCGAAUACAGCGAUUCGUUUGUUGAACACCUAUUUAAUGUGAAUAGGAGACGCCCUGGAGGGGUCAGGGGCAAGCUGUAUGGACAGCACCCCCAGUUUGAAAAUGAGCAGGGGGGUGGUAACGGUAACUGGUACGAUGCAGAGGGAGCACCCAGUGGGGGAAGCAGGCCCCACGUCGUGGGAGGUGAGCAGGACAGGUACCCCGCCCGGGAAGACGAAGAAGUUAUGAAGUACUACUCAGUAGUGAAGGGCAACAAAAUGAACGAAGAUGUUUUGCAAAAUCAAAUUGAUCACCUGCUAAAUUUUAACAACCAAAUCGAGACGUAUGAGGAGAAGCAAAGGAGGCUGUUCCUGGGUUCCGCCAACGAUGAGCAGAUCGAUCCCGGCCUCUACGCAGAGGGGAAUAGCGGUGAUGGUGGUAGUGGCGGUGGCGGUGGCGGCGGCCAUGGCGAUGGUGCAGUUUUGUUUUCCCACUUUGUGGAUGACCUAAGUAGGGUGAAGAAAUGUCAUCUGACAGAGAGGGGAGGUGACCUGCCCCCCCAAAGCAGUGACAAAAAAGGCAUGACGAAUCAACCCGAUGGAGUUAAUUGUAGUGUGUCUGGUGAUGACUUGGAUGGAAGUGAAAUAGUUCACUCGCUUAACAGCACACACAUCACCUUCAACGAAAAGAGACUACUAAACAUUUGUAAUAUAAAUUUGAAUAACAUCUUAUACUUUUACCUUUGCUGCAAUGAAGAGUAUGUCUUACUGUGCCAGGAGGAGGGAGGGGAGGGCAGGAAGCUUAUCUACACGUAUGACUCAUAUUCUUUUGAAAAACCUGAUGGGGGGAGCGACGUCUCCAGCCAUUUAUCAUCUGAAGGGACCUCCAGGUCGUCUAGCUCCAUAAGUGACGAGGAGUUACUUCUUCUUCGGUAUGGUAAUGCGGAGGGGGAUGGAGACUCUGACGAGUGCGCGGAGGAGUAUGAUGAGGAGGAGGAGGCAGAUUGGUAUGGCGAUGAGGCGGAGGCAGAUUGGUGUGGUGAUGACCGAAGUGGUAACCACGUGAAUAACCCGUUGCGCAGAAGAUCCUUGCGCAGGAAAAAAAGGCAAAAGAGGAAGAAAAAAAGGAACGCGAAGAGGACCAGACAUGGAGGAGCCACCUGCACCCAGUCUUCCUCUGAACCAACAAAAAUGAACAAAGAAGUAGAAUCAUUAAUGAACAAGGCAAACAGUUACUACAUUAACCAAAAUUUCGAACAAUGCAUAACCAUCCUGGAGAAGGUAAUUAAAUUGGCUCCGAACCUACACGACCCCUUUCACCUCCUAGGUCUGAUCCACGAGAGGGAAUACAAAAAUGUGAGGAAGGCCAUCAACUACUAUUUGAUUGCAGCACAUCUCUCGAGGAACGAUUACCUCUCAUGGUACAACAUAAUUGAAUUGUGUAAAAUGGACAAACAGUAUAACCUCAUUUUGUACUGCCUCUUCAAGGUGUUACGAAUAUAUAAAACAAAAGUUGCUAAGCGGGAGAAGAAACGCAUGAAAGGGGGUGUCCAGGGUGAAGUCGAUGACAAAGAGGAUCAUCACAUUUGUGCUGACCAACUUGAAGCGUCGGACGAACAAACAAAUGACCUCGACGAUUUUUCAAAGCAUUUAUAUUUUAACAUAGCCUUUACGUACCUUUUGCUGGAGGACUACAAGAACGGGUUGAAGUGGCUGUUGAUGCUACGGAACACCUGCGGAGGAGAGGUCGACAUUAUGAUCGACUUGUACGUGUGCAUAUGUCUGGUGGUGGUGAGAAAACCACAGGACAGUUACCACUUCUUGAAGCAUAUGUUUUUACGAGUGAUGAGAGAGAGGCGAGAGGGGGGAGAAGCCGCAUCAGGAAAAGAGAAGGCGAUACACACCAGAGACAGAAUCUGGUCAUACAAUGAAAAAUCAAUCAUCUGCUUUUUCAUGCAAAGUCAGAUACUCAACGGGAAGUAUGACGAGUGCAUUUUUGUGUACAAGCUGGUCACCAGGAUGAGUGGCGAGAAAAUUCACGUGGACAUUUUUAUACAAUUUGUAAAAUCCUUAUUGAUGGUGGGGCAUAUAGAUUAUGGUUACCUUACGAAGUGUUCAUUUAUGAACAUGAUUUUGGGUGACUGUGUCCUGUUUGAGGAUCUCAUUUUGCACCUGGCGGAGUCAUACUACUCCCGGGGCAUGUUCGAGAGCGCCAUUCGUUUGUACCGACUUGUCUACGCAAAGAGGAAUGGCGUCCUGCGCGGGGGCAGCCAGAGCGAAGCGGCGAAAACGUCCACCAGUCACAUAGACGCGACGAUAACUUCUCCCACACGUGAGAUGGACACCGCAGGGGGCACACUUGUCGGGUACGACAACGGAGUGCAGUUCCUCUCCACCGUGUACAAGCUAGUAAAAUGUUAUUACUACAUACAAAACUUCAACAAGGCAGAAAAAAUAAUCUUAAAAAUAUUGAACAAUCAACACAUAGUUAAAAACAAUAUCGAAAUUGACAUAAAGACAUUGUACAUUAACAUUCUGCACAAAACCAAAAGACACAACAAGGCGAUAAGUAUUCUCCUGAGCAUUAAACAAAAGAAGCUACGAUUCAUGUGUUCCAUUCCGAACCCUCUAAGUAAUAAAGAGAGGGAAAUUCUUUUAUUCAAAAUUUUAAAUCGAAAAAAUAAACUGUUACUGUACUUGUCUCACAAUAGCUAUAUCAUGCAUAUGUUUUAUGUGUAUCACAAGAAGGACAGCGUUUUUUAUAAGUACGAUAAUUUUUUGUCCAAGCGGGAUGUAAAUGAUAUUAUUAACCUGAGGGUUAAUAUUUGCUUCUGUUACUUUUGCGUCAAGUAUAACUUCAGUGUCCUGGGCCACCUCUACCUCUACAACGUGUUACUUUUUCUCGGCGCCAAGGGGAAAGGGGAAAGUGCAGCGCCGGGCCAAUGUAGUCAUCGCGGCCACAGCAGCAACAGCGGCCACAGUGGCAACAGCGACAGCUGUGCGGCUGCGGAUAGGCGGCUCAGAAAACUCAGGCAACGGAUUGACACCCUACACAGCUACAGGGAGUACGUGGUGUUCCUCGCCACGUCCUUUCACAUUUUCAAAAAUAAGAAAAACCCGGAGGAUGUAGACAUUGUGUACAAGGACGUGCGGAUGGCUGGCACCAAAUUGUACUACAAGGGUGUGCUGGUCUUCGACGCCAAGGGGGAGGAGAAGCGGAGCGCGGCAAUCGAAUCGGUGAACACCGCCGCGGGUACUUCUCGCCGCGCCAGGGAGCAGUUGCGCCGACACCUGCAUCGGUACGCGCAGGGCGUGGAGUCCGAAAUAUUCAAUAGCAAAAUAAUGGUCAAGUUUUAUAAAUUCAGCUAUAGCUUCUUUUCCUUCCUCUACGAGAUAGAACAAGACUUCAAGCGCAUACACACCGCCAUGGAGAAGGAGAUUAUAAACUUCAAGGGAAAGGGGAAAAACUUGAAGGUGGGGGAGUCGGAGCCAGAGCCGGGGGGGUGGCGGUCCCUGUUCGUGCCGCCGGGCCAUAGCAACUUGUGCAGCGAGGGGAGUGAGGUGCCCAGUUUCUCCUCCACGCGGCAGGUUUCAUUUCUGCGGCAAGAUGAAGUUGUUAGGCAAGUGGUAGAUCCUCCCCCCCAGGAAAGUCCCACAACGAGGGAGGUGCAGACGGGGAAGGUGAACACGGGACAGGUGGACACGGGACAGGUGGACACGGGGGAGGCGCCAAAGCGCAGCAAGCGGUUCUCCUUCCUCGUGACGAAGAAAAAAAUGAACUUGUUUACAUUCGAAAAUUACCUGGGUCUAUAUUUCAGCCUACUGUUCCUAGAGGAGUGCUUCUUCAUCGUGACGACGAUGAACAUGUAUGAGGAUGCCAUACACAUCCUGAGCAUAUAUUUGAAAAACAGAAAGUCGAGUAAAAUGAAAUUCCUUACCUACAUGAAGUCAGUCAAGAAAGAAUUCCAGCAACAUAGAAUUAGCAACAAUUUUGUUAACCUAGAAUGUUAUUUCUUCAACAACACCUACUCCAAUAUUAUAAAGGAUGAAAUGAGGAAUGAAUAUAAUAACUUUUGCACUAUGAAUGAGCAUAUAGAUUGUAAAUAUUUCCUGUUCCGAAUCAACCUGCUUUUAAACAGGCUGUACAUAUCUAGUGGGAACUUCGAAAAGCAAAUAAAAUGCCUCAACGAUGUGUAUAUUUUUAAGCGAAAGGAACAGGAUGAAUAUAAGGUGUUGAAGUAUUACAGCGAUAUUGUAUUAACAGGUACCUUCUGCCAAAAUUAUUUAUCCUCCAUCUCCAAGUCUAGGUACAAGAAUAUUUUAAUUGCUUUUCGAUUAUUCUUAGUUAGGACUUUGCAUUCUAAAAACAGCAACCCCUUUUUGAUUUACCUCAUUGGAAAUGUGUGUAACUUGUCCUGCAUGAUUGUCAAUUCGGUUCAUGAGUACACACGCGCGUAUGCCUUUUUGCUCAAGGGAAGGAAGGCCAAUCAGCAGCGUUUGCUGAGGUGGAGGCGCGGCGUUAAGGGGGUUAAGGGGAGUGGCCAGGAGGGCCAAGUGACACACUCGGGGGACAGCUCACAGGGCAAUUCACCGGCCAACUCCCAACCCGAUGACCAGUCUGGUGGCCACUCAGACGAGUCGGCCGACGCAGCCGACUUGUCUGACGAGCUCGAGGAGGAGCGCGUCCUGUUCACCAAACUGAAGCUGUGCGCAGAGCGCAGGAAGCAAAACCAAGUGGAGGACAACUUCGAAACCGUGGCGGACGAUCUGAACUUCCUAUUCAGCCUCAUGACGUCGUACUUCAACUACGCCAGUGGCUACCGAGUGCAAAACAGAGAGUCCGUCAUGCUAACAUCCUUCUGCCUCCUCAACGAUUACAUCACCAAGAGAUAUCAACAGAAGGUCCUGAACAAAAAAAAAAAAUACCAAAUGUAUUCUCUCUUCUACAAGCCGUACAAAUAUAUUUACACAGCAGAAAUUUUAUACAACUUAGGCAGGGCGCUCCAUCAGCUGUCCUACUUCUCCGAGUGCAUGAAACUCUACCUAAGUGUAAUCCGGUUAGUGCAGCGGGCAGAAAAAGAAAUGAAAAAAAUCUGCUCCUCCAACAAGUUAAACCUGAACAAGAAAUUUAUUCUAGAAUACGUUAUAAACAUGAAUCGCUGCAUGUGCUACACCUGCCUCUACUUUGGCCACAAGGCACAACCCACUCCCCUAAAUCAUCUCACAAAUUAUUUCAAUAAUUUAAACAGCAAGUACUCCAACCUGUUUCUCCUUUUCUUCGACAAACGCCACCUCCUCUUCUCGGCCUCCUACAAUUUGAGCGUCAUUUUUAAAAAGCUAAACAGAUUCGAGCAGGCCAAAUAUGUUCUUAGCAACAUCGUCUGGGAUUGA